UGUGCUGGAUGACUUUUCUAUGUUAUCACUUUGUUCAAUAGUCAAGAGUUGCAUUAGAUGUUGCUAUUAUGUUAGAAAGUGUAAGAAGACUUGCAUUGCGUUUGCAGCCUAACCUCGUCUUCUUGAAAUGGUGGCCUUCUAAUUUAUGAAGGUUGCCUUUAUUGGAAAAUUUGCUUCCCUGGACUUUGGAGAUAUUAAUGAUAAUAUCGAAUAUUUAUUCGAAUAACUCUACUUUCAUAUGGCAUACUUUGCUACCAGUUGGUCUCCUUCUCUUCCCUUUUUAAUCUCUGCGCUUAUCUGCUUGGCUAAUCAUAUCGCAGUAGCUCAGCCCGAGCAUGUGCGUUCCCUUUGCCCAGACACAGAGACUGUUGCUCCAACUAGCCAAUAUCAGACUAAUGUUGAUACACUUAUCUUUUUUCUCUCAUCUAACACCACCAGAUGGAAAAUUGCCUACAACGCAACUGCAGGAAAUGGAGCCAAUCAGGUCUAUGGUUCCUAUUUCUGUCGUUAUGACCAAACUAGUGCGUUCUGCGAGGAGUGCAUCUCCUUGGCCAUCGAUUCCUUAAUCGCCGAUUGCCGUGGAAGAAAAGAAUCUAUAGUAUGGUAUGAUCAAUGUUUCGUGCGAUACUCCAAUGAAUCUUUCUAUGGUACCAUGAUUGACGCUCCUAUGAUAGCGUAUUGGAACACACAAAAUCCUGUCGGCAUACAGAACAUCACGAGCAACCAGACGGCUUUUAUGCAAGUUCUGCUAGGAGUUCUGGGAGUUGUUUCAUCCCAAGCAGCAAAUGGUGGGCCACCUCAAAUGUAUGCCACAGAAGAAGACACAUUUGUGGGUAACCUGACUAGCAUGAGCACGAUCUUCUCGCUUGCUCAGUGCACCCCAGAUAUAUCUAUGAGUGACUGCAGUACUUGUCUCCAAAUGACCAUUGGUAACGUGACAGAGUUGUGCGAUAUGAAGGGAGGUUGUAAUGUGAUGUGCCCCAAUUGUAAUAUAAGGUACGACAUAAAUGCUUUUUAUGGAGAUGCCCUAACACCCCUUUCAGUACCUUCGCCGCCUCCCUCUUCUGGAGAUGCCUCGCGAAGAAAUGCAUUAAUUGUGGGCAUUUCCAUUUCAGCUGGGGUGAUUCUACUUGGGGCUUGUAUUUUUGUUUGGAAGAUGAAGUCCAAGAAAGCACUUACAGUGAAAUAUUCGGGGGCAGCUCUAGUAACAGAAGCGGAGGAGAUUGAAAGUGUGGAGUCCCUGAAGUUCGACUUGACCACAAUAAGGAGGGCAACCAAUGAUUUCUCUGCAGAUAAAAAGCUAGGACAGGGUGGAUUUGGUGAGGUUUACAAGGGAAAGCUUGAAAAUGGACAUUAUAUAGCUAUAAAGAGGCUCUCUGGCAAUUCUAAACAGGGAAUUGGAGAGUUUAAGACAGAAGUUGCUCUAGUUGCAAAACUUCAGCACCGAAAUUUGGUCAAACUCUUGGGCUUUUGCCUGUCAGGAGAGGAAAAGAUACUCGUGUAUGAGUUUUUGCCUAACAAGAGUCUCGAUCUUUUUCUAUCAGAUCCAACAAGGCGGGCAUCUUUAAAUUGGAGAACAAGAUUUAAUAUUAUAAAAGGAAUUGCAAGAGGGCUUCUAUACCUUCAUGAAGAUUCUCGACUUAAGAUUGUCCAUCGUGAUCUUAAACCUAGUAAUAUACUUUUAGAUGAGGCUAUGAAUCCAAAAAUAGCAGAUUUUGGCAUGGCAAAGCUUUUUGGAGUAGAUCAAACUCAAGACAACACGGAUAGAAUUGUUGGAACUUUCGGUUACAUGGCUCCAGAAUAUAUAGCUGCUGGCUACUUCUCUGUUAAAUCAGAUGUCUAUAGCUUUGGAAUCAUAAUCCUGGAGCUUGUGAGUGGUCUAAGAAAGAAGUACUUCCGUCAACAAGAAAAUAAUGAGUCCCUUGUUUACCGGGCAUGGACUCUGUGGAAUGAAGGGAACCCAUUGAAGUUGACUGAUCCAACUUUUGGCGAUGAUUAUCCUGUUGAUGAAAUUAAAAAGUGCAUCCACAUUGGUAUGUUAUGCAUCCAAGAAGAACCAGCUAACAGACCGCGAAUGGCAUCAAUUGUUGCUGCGCUUAAUGGGGAGUCUGUCCCUUUGCCUUCACCAACCGUGCCUCUUUUCGUGACUGGUGACACAGAUAAUAGUAUUGAGCGUGGCACAGAUCAACCUGCUAUUGUGUUAGAAGUAAUGGAGAAUAUAACUGAAUUGUAUCCUCGACACCCUUAUCUAAAAUGCUUUUUUUCUCAUUUAUUUGCCAAAAUGACAGUGGAAGGUUAUUGGUUUCCUCUUCGAUCGGAACUAGGAUUUCCUCCGGAAACUGGAAAGAGCUUCAAUUUCAUUGCAAAGAUCCUCGAAGAUCAAAAGGAGUAUAAGGACGAUACCGAAGAAGUAGCUCAGCCGGAGUAUGUGAGUUCCUUUUGCCCAGACGCGGAGACUGUUGCUCCAAAUAGCCAAUAUCAAACCAACGUUGACACACUUAUCUCUUUUCUCUUAUCUAACACCACCACUUGGAAAAUUUCCUACGAUGCAACUGCUGGAAAUGGAGCCAAUCAGGUCUAUGGUGCAUAUUUUUGUCGCAUUGACCAAACUAGUGUGUUCUGCCAAGACUGCAUCUCCUCGGCCAUCAAUUCCUUAAACGAACAUUGCCGUGGAAAGAGAAAAUCAAUAGCGUAUUAUGAUCAAUGUUUGGCAAGAUACUCCGAUGAAUCUUUCUAUGGUACCAUGACUGGCGCUCCUAUGAUACCAUAUUGGAACACACGAAUUUCUGUUGACAUACAGAACAUUACGAGCAACCACACAGCUUUUAUGCAAGUUCUGCAAGGAGUUCUGAGAGUUGUUUCAUCCGAAGCAGCAAAUGGUACAAACCAAAAAUUUGCGACAAAAGAAGACACAUUUGUGGGUAACUCGACAAGCAUGAACACAAUCUACACACUUGCUCAGUGCAACCCAUAUAUAUCUGCGAGUGACUGCAACACUUGUCUCCAGAUGGCCAUUGGCAACAUGACAGAGAUGUGCAGUAUGAGGGCAGGCUGCACAGUCAUGUGCCCUGAUUGUAAUAUAAGGUACGACAUAAAUGCUUUUUAUGGAGAUGCCUUGACACCCACUUCGGUACCUUCAUCGCCUCCUUCUUCUAUAGAUCAGUCGAGAGAAGGAAAACCAGCGUCAAUGCGAAAAAUAGCAUUAAUUGUGGGGAUUUCCAUUUCAGCUGCUGUGAUUCUUAUUGGGGCUUGUGUUUUUGUGUGGAAGAGAAAGUCCAAGAGAGCAUUUACAGUGAAAUAUUCGGGGCCAGCUCUUGUAACAGAAGCAGAUGAGAUUGAAACGGUGGAGUCCUUGAAGUUCGACUUGACCACAAUACGGAAGGCAACCAAUGAUUUCGCUGCAGAUAAAAAGCUAGGAGAGGGUGGUUUUGGUGAAGUUUACAAGGGAAAGCUUGAAAAUGGACAAUAUAUAGCUAUAAAGAGGCUUUCUAUCAAUUCCAAACAGGGCAUUGAUGAGUUUAAGACUGAAGUUGCUCUAGUUGCAAAACUUCAGCACCGAAAUCUGGCCAAACUCUUGGGCUUUUGCCUCUCAGGGAAGGAAAAGAUACUUGUGUAUGAGUUUUUGGCUAAUAUGAGUCUUGAUCGUUUUCUAUCAGAUCCAACUAGCCGUGAACUUUUAAACUGGAGAACAAGAUUUAAGAUCAUAGGAGGGAUCGCUAAAGGGCUUCUAUACCUUCAUGAAGAUUCGCGACUCAGGAUUGUGCAUCGAGAUCUUAAACCAAGUAAUAUAUUGCUAGAUGAAGCGAUGAAUCCUAAGAUAGGAGAUUUUGGCAUGGCAAAGCUCUUUGGGAUGGAUCAAACUCAAGACAACACGGAUAGAAUUGUUGGAACUUUCGGGUACAUGGCUCCAGAAUAUAUAGCUGCCGGCUACUUCUCAGUUAAAUCAGAUGUCUAUAGCUUUGGAAUCAUAAUCUUGGAGCUUGUGAGUGGUCUAAGGAACAAAUACUUCUGCCAAGAAGGAAAUUAUGAGUCACUCUUGUAUCGGGCAUGGACACUAUGGAACGAAGGGAUCCCAUUGAAGUUGACUGAUCCAAUUUUUGGUGAUGAAUAUCCUGUUGAAGAAAUGACAAAGUGCAUCCACAUUGGCCUUUUAUGCAUCCAAGAAGAUGCAGCUAAGAGACCGCGAAUGGCAUCAAUUGUUGGCGCGUUUAAUGGUGAAUCCAUCACUCUGCCUUCACCAACCCCGCCUCUUUUUUUGACUGGUGACAGAGAUAAGGGUAUGAAGGAUAGCUCUCAUCAACAUACUUAUGCAUCUGGAGUAAUGGACGUCACUGAAUUGCACCCUCGAUAAUGUUGGUUAUUGGUAGAGAUUCCCCUAUCAAACAUAGAUUUAGCUGUAUAUAAGAUACUAUAACUGUAUAAAUCUUAUAUGAUUCCACAUCAAGUUUUUAUUUCUUGUA